AUGGCUUCUGUGAAUGACCGGGCGAAAGUCGAUGUGCCGGAUCUCUCCCUGCAUAGUAUUCUGGACGGUAAUAUCAAUAGCUUGGCCCGUGUAUCCUCCAAUAACAAACACAAUGAGGAUGACGCAAGCCAUCCACUCGCAGAGUUGUGUGCCGAAUGCGAAGACCAACCCGCCCAGCUCCUGUGCGAGACAUGUACGGACAGGUUCUGCGAAGUGUGUUUCGCGGUGUUGCAUCGGAAAGGCGCACGCAGAGCGCACGUACCGACCUUUCUAUAUUCAAAGAGCAAUGAGAUAUCCACUCCUGGCCCUCACGGAGAUAUGACAAGCGACGUGAAUAUGCGCGGGGGUGAGAAACGAUCGAGCGAUCACUUCUGUGUGGAAGUGGAGCGAGCAUUAGCCCAGAUAGCUCUCAUAACUACCCCAGCCAAAGAACUCAAUUCCGCACCGCGAGAAUGGUUCGUCGAACGCUCGAAGUAUAUUCCUAUGCGUCUGACCGAGGAUGAGCGCAAAUACCUGCAUCUGGUUGAAGCCGCCCUCAACGUCUCGGAAUAUACAGAGAAGGUUGAUAUUGAGCCUGAGAGCGAGUCUUCGCCCAAGGCAAAGCGAAUUGUGCACCAGAUUCGCGAGCUGUGUGCUACUAUGUCUGGACUGGUCGUCUCGUUGAAUUACAAACAGGGUCAAGCAUUGAUUGCAGAUCGCGACUUCAAGGCGAAUGAAAACUUCUUUCAACAAAUAUUUGAGAUAGGCCGUCGUCACAAGAUCAUGAAUCCUGACAAGAUGCGCACCACAUACGGCAAGCUGAUGUAUUUGCUGCAGGAUAGCCAAACAGCUGAAGUGAAAGAGCUACUCGAGCUCAGCUGUAUCAAGCCGAUCAUCACGGUUUAUUCCGUUUUGGAAGAACAUGACGCUCUUGAACUGCUCCGUGAUGAUCUCGUCCCCACCGCAACCAAGGCCAUUGUUGCAGAAGGUCGCUCAAUGGAGGAGAUUCUAGCAGAAAGAGACGCAAAGGACAUCGCGCUCGCGACUCUGGCAUCACGCUACGAGCGAGAAGGCCUCAACCAGGAACGAAUUCGGCAGUGCCUGUACAGUAUUGCUGAUAAUUGUGGGUAUUUGCGGGUCAACAGCGGCCCCUGCGAAAAGAUGAUCGAAUACUUGGAGCGAUAUUUCCAUCCAACAGAGGUCCUAGAUGAGCAGAGCAGUCUCGCGAUCGAGGAUGGGACAGACGGGGCACGGUUGAGUCAUGAUCAUGAGAAGCAGUAUGCGUAUGUUAUUCAGAGUAUGACGCUCUGGCGCGAGAUAUUGAACGACAUGUUCCGUCUAUGGACUCUAGUAGAUGAAGACCUACUUUCCGAACGUGUACCCUACCGCUUGUGCGAUACAGGGCAGGGUCUGAAUCGUAUGCAAGACGCACCAAAGACGACACGCAUGAUGCAUAUAAUCGUAGCCAACGCAGAGAAGAAUGUCGGCUCGUGGGUAGGCUCCUCUGCGGUUCAUAUGGCGGAUGACAGUGUUCCCAACGCUUUGAUGUUCAUCGAGAAAUAUUCGCAGAUAUACCGCAUCUUCCUCCCCGUCUGCAAUACCCUCGAACAGAUACCCAAGCUCGUAGAAGAUCCGGAUCUCAGCUAUUACGUCGAUAACAAGUUUGGUGGUGUUGAAUCCCUGCGUCGGGAGAUUCUCCGUGACUUCUUCCGCCAUGCGUUUGACGGCUCGGGCGCAGGCAGCUAUUUCGACGCAGGAUCGUGCAUAGAUGGCCGUCUUACAAGCACAUGGGAGUGGUGUUCCCUUCUGGAGAAGAAACGAUAUUACUCGAUAUUCUUGCUCACUGGUUUCAUCGGCUUUGAUGGCGACUGGUGA